AUGUCUAGCUCUGACCUGGACUGGAGGACGUCACGCAGAUUGGGAAGAGCAAAGGUCAGGUUAAACAACUUAGACCUUCUCACAACUACAACUCGAACAAUCAGAGAAGAGCAUAUUCAGGCUCUCGUUGAAAAAUUCCAGUCUGAAGGCUGUACUCGUCUGAACCCCGAUAAUUACAUCAAGGUACUUGUUAGUGAGGAUUUUCCUUACAGUCUGAACGACAAUGUUUUGCAUGACGAUGAAGUUUUGGGUCUUCCAGACAACAUUCAGCUCACCGUUCUUCAUGGGAAGCAUCGUAUCCUUGCUGCGAAGAGAUUUUUCUUUCUCUUGGACAGCUGGUGGAUAGCAGACUUUUACACUGAGGGUCUAUCCCAGUCACACCAAGCGACUCUCUGUGAAGAGCACCCGAAUGCUCAACCAUUUUGUGACGGAGACAUCUAUCGAAAUAUCCGUAUGUACCAGCAGCUUAGGGAUGUGGAUGCUGAAAUCAAAUGGCGUGGAAGACUCAGUAAAACUGCACAGCGGGAGAUGCAUCGUCUGGAAAAGGACUUCAAACAUAUCCAACGAGAAUUUGACAGGCUACUCGAAUUCCGAGGCUUGUGGAAAUUUCUAAAAAUCUCAUAUUUGGGCAGAUGGUUGUCAAUUAGAUGUCAAGAGGUAUCUUUGUUACAUCUUUACUUUUAA